CUUGCCGUUGCCCAAACCCUAAUUUUAUCCGAAGGGCUUGGCAAAAUUGGCAAAUUGGAAUGUGUUUCUUCCUCUGUAACAGUCUGUUUGCAACAGCUGGUUGGAUGGCGGGGUGGCGGAGAUGAGCCACUAAUCACAUGCAUUCUCAAGGAGACCGUGAUAGCUUGAUAGUUUGCUGAUUGGCCAGUUGGAGGGGGAGACUUUGUCGUUGAAGGCGGCGCAUUAUCCUUGGCUUUUGAAGCGGGUCAUGAGCUACAGUUCUGUGUCAGCUUGUUGCUGCAUUAGCUAAGACGUGUCCACAUGAAUCCCGCACGGUUUUAGCAAGUGCAGGUACCCUACCGGCCGCUUCAAUUGGCAUUGCAAGUGCAUGAUACUUCCAGCUUCCUCCCAACUUCCUAUAGGUCCACCUCCAAUUUUCUCAAGGGUUGGUGGUACCUGCAAAUAGCUAUGGACUUGCUGUUGCGGCGGGGUUAUGGAGCUCUGAGGUGUUGGCGGCCACGGCAGGGCUGUGGCCUGACUCUCAUUCCUGCUAUCUCUGAAGAUGCUUCAAAUCAUUCUACAGAAGCUUUAACUAGGAGAUUCUGGGAAACACCUCUGGGGCGGCAACAUAAUAUCCAAAAGGAGGUGUCUGCAGAAUACCCUCAGUUGAAGCAUGAUUCAAGCUGUUCGCAUUUCAAAUCCAAUGGUGGAACGCACAUGUUUCAAUCCGCUAGACGACUGUUUCAUAGCGCACCAAUUCUGUACAGCCUUCAAGGAGAGGAGUCGCUCUCUGUUCUGACCAGUGCCGUUGACACCACCUCCGAGCAAUUCAGCGCUAACACGUCAGCCAUGAAAGCGCUAGUGUCAACUUUGGAGGAAGAAGUCAGAAAGGUCCAGCUGGGAGGGGGUUCGAAGGCAGUAGAGCGACACAGAAAGAAGGGAAAGAUUCUUGCGAGGGAGAGGAUUGAUAAGUUGCUUGACCCUGGAAGUCCAUUCAUGGAGUUGAGCCAGUUGGCCGGCCAUGAGCUAUACGAUGAGCCUGUCCCCUCCGGGGGCAUCGUCACAGGCAUCGGUCGCGUCAGAGGCGUGCUGUGCAUGCUGGUCGCCAAUGAUGCCACCGUUAAGGGAGGGACCUACUACCCCAUCACUGUCAAAAAGCACCUCCGAGCGCAGGAGAUUGCGCAGAUGUGCCGUCUGCCAUGCCUUUACCUGGUUGACAGUGGAGGCGCCAACCUGCCGCGCCAAGCCGACGUCUUCCCCGACCGCGACCACUUCGGCCGCAUCUUCUACAACCAGGCGCAGAUGUCGAAACACAACAUCCCACAAAUCGCGCUCGUGCUCGGGAGCUGCACCGCGGGUGGCGCUUACGUUCCCGCCAUGGCUGACGAAGCGGUGAUCGUAAAAGGCAACGGGACGAUCUUUCUCGGGGGCCCGCCGCUCGUGAAAGCGGCGACGGGGGAGGUCGUGUCCGCAGAGGACCUCGGGGGCGCCGCGCUGCACUGCCGGACGUCCGGCGUGACGGACUACUUUGCCAACGACGAAACCCACGCGCUCGCCCUGGGCCGUCGGAUCGUGGGCAACCUCCACGUGGCAUCCCGGGGCGCGCCCGCGGCCGCCCCUACCUCCGACGCGCCGCCGCCGCUGUACAGUCCGGAAGAGAUCGCGGGGAUUGUGCCUGCCGAUGCGCGGCAGACGUAUGACGUUCGUGACGUCAUCGCGAGGGUCGUGGACGGGAGCGAGUUCGACGAGUUCAAGAAGCUGUACGGGCCGACUUUGGUGACGGGCUUCGCGAGGAUCCACGGUCACCCGGUGGGCAUCGUGGCCAACAACGGCAUCCUGUUCACGGAAUCGGCGCUCAAGGGCGCCCACUUUAUCCAGCUGUGCAACCAGAGGGGGAUCCCCCUCGUCUUCCUGCAGAACAUCACCGGCUUCAUGGUCGGCACCAAGGCUGAGGCGUCCGGCAUCGCGAAGGCGGGUGCCAAGAUGGUCAUGGCGGUCGCGUGCGCGCAGGUCCCGAAGGUGACGGUGAUCAUCGGCGGCAGUUUUGGCGCGGGCAACUACGGCAUGUGCGGCCGCGCCUACAGCCCGCACUUUUUGUUCAUGUGGCCCAACGCGCGCAUCAGCGUCAUGGGCGGGGACCAGGCCGCGGGCGUGCUCGCGCAGGUCGAGAAGGAGAAGGCGGCGCGGGACAAGAAGCAGUGGAGCGCGGAGGAAGAGGAGGCCUUUAAGGCGCGCAUCCGAGCGGGGUACGAAAAGGAAGGCAACCCGUUCUUCGCUAGCGCUCGCUUAUGGGACGAUGGGAUCAUCAACCCCGCCGAUACUCGCACCGUGUUGGGAUUGAGUCUUAGUGCAGCUCUGAACUGCGGGCCACCGGAACCGGGAAGCUACGGUGUCUUCCGCAUGUAGAGGUACAGGAAAGAAGGUACAUUGUAAUUGUAACGGCAAGUGUACAUAAUCAAGAAGAAGAGUGUGUUGUCUCAGAGAGAGCAGUCGCAUGUAUGUGAGCGCUUGAUCAAAGCUAAGACUAGGGUCCGCAAUUGAGUUGACUUAGAGACGGCACGAAAGUAGAGCACGUUCCUUCUUUAAGAAGAUGAGGACAGUGUUCCAUGGAUCCAAAAUCUAAUCAAGGCUUUUGCUGCUUCGUUGUAAGACUGGCUGCCGCAAUGGCCGUCGCAUGCUUGCACGAGCCGCGCAACUGAAAGCUUCUUGGCACGAAUAUCAAUGAUGUCUAGCAAGUUGCUGUAUUCUGG